AAACCAUUUAUUAUUGCGGCGAAAUCCCAGGUCACUGAUUUGGAAAUCACAGAUGGAAGAAAAUACAUCAGUGGAUGGAUCAGUGAAAGCUCAUUCUUUGCUACCAUCAGAGCUAAAAGCAUUGGCUUGAGUUACCUGAAAGACAGAUCAUAUCUUCAGGCAAUAAUUUGGUCAUCAUUGUAUGCAGCAAUCAGAAUGUUUGCAGUUGAGCAGCUGAAGGCCAAUGAAGUUUCUUCAAAUGCUCUGUUUUGCAAUGGGACACUUGACCCUCAAAUCAGAAAUCAAGCCAUUGGUGUGACAGAAGUCAAACAGGACAAGAAUUUUAACAUUAUGGAAGAUAUGUAUGACAAGAAUGAAAACCUUGGUCAUCUUCGGUCAGGUGGGUCCACUUUCAGAAACAGCCUCAACCUAAAAGGGGAAUCAGACUUGCAAGUGGAAAAGGAGAUCGGCAGUUGUUUCCCUGUGAAAGGAUCCUCAAGUUUGGAAUCGGGUAGAAAUCCACUGUCUGUUGAGAAUGUCAGAGUCCCACCAGAAGGAGCUGAGAUGGGUCACAGCAGCAAGCCUGGCACAGCUAAGGAUUGCGAAGAGUUUGCCGUUUCUCCUUCAGAUGACAAUGGCUAUUCCAGCAGCUGCCUGAGUAUAGAAAGCCCAGACAGUGUUGAAGGAAGCAUCUGGGAGGCAACUGGAACUGUGAGCAACAGUCUUGACCUGUGGCAGCAAGCUGCAGCAACAGAGAUUGAAAAUGUUUCAGGGAGUCCACCAGCUGCAGACUCCCUACUGCCUUCAAUACUUGAGGCAGUCCAGAGUCUGCAAGAGAAGCAAAGAUUCAAAGAGCAAGAAAAGGAAAAGCACCAAACUCAGGUGAUCAUGUACCGGCGUUUGGCCUUGCUGCGUUGGAUCCGCAAUCUCCAGCAGAAAGUAAUGGACCAUCAAAGCCGGCUGCAAGAGAGUUAUGACACCAUUUUGAACAACCGCAAGGAACUGCUCAAAUUCAUAAAGCAAGGCGUCAUCUAGCAAUAAAUGCCGGACAGCUGAUGUGUCAAAACACAACUUUUUGAGCAGGACAAAAAAGAAAUUGGAAAGGAACAAAUUAAAUCAAUGAGUACAUCAGAAAAUAUCAUUUAUAUCUUUCAUUAUAGGUAAUCCAAAUGCUGAACUGAUUUAACAGUAAGUCAAGCUGUGAUGGUAGUGUGCUUCAAAGCACAGGUAUUGAUUCAGCUUAAAAAAACUGGGUAUUUAAAUGGGUAGUGUAAGCACCUUUUUAAUGUAUUUUUUUGACGGGGCAGAAUGGAUAUUUUUUUUCUGCUUUCCCACAGCUUUUUGAAUUGCUGGUCCCUGAUUUCAGAGUAUGGUUUCUAAGAUGCAAGCAGGAAUUAAACAAAGGAAUCUAUCUUCACACAGUGGUGAAAGGAUUAAUUUUGUAACACACCACACCCAGUCACACAGUUGGUGUUGUGGUCAUCACCUUGAUUUGUACUGAGACAAGUGAUUUUCUCACAGCAAGAAAACAAUUGUUUCUUACCUGUAUGAUCAGGGAAGAUUAUCUCCAGUCAAAGUUAUAUUAGAAUAUCAUGCUACAACAUUACAGUUACUAUAUUAUAAUAUAUUACUUUUAUAUUUACCGUUUAACACAUUAAACCAAAUCUACAGGUAUUGGUUUCCUUUUAAAUGUGACAUAGAAUACUUUUAACAACUUUUCAAGCUGCUUAAUUAACAAAUCACAUAAUACUUUGCAGAAAUGCUGGUAAGGAAUUAAUUUUUGCUGUCUGCUAGAAAAACAGAAGGAUCAUACAAGGAAUCAAGGAUGUUGACUGGUGUCUGAUGCCAGUAUGUGGGGCACUGCUGAGGAUCCUGACUCUGGCCAGCUUUUGUUGGCUUUAAUAACAAGAUUCUUGGGCAGAGAUACAAUUUACAUUUACGUAAUCAUAUGUACGCUCAAUAUCUUUUGUGUUUGAUGCAUAGAGACACUUUUCAUUAGUUAAACUUUACUUGGUGAUUUUUUUUAAAAUAAAGGCUGUCAUUAAAUGGAAUUAGAGAAAUGUUCUGAUAUGUGAAAUACUCUUUGUUCAUAUUCUCUGCUUAAACUAAGACAAAAUUUUAUUUUUGUUAAUCUUUUGCAGAACUUCUACUGGAGUUCCUUAAGAUUUAUAAGGUCAUUGCAAACAAAAUGCAUUGCAUGUGGUCAAAUUAUUACACUCUGGCUUUUACAAAAAACUAUUCAGUGUAACGGAUUUUCAGCUUUUGACAAAAAUGUUAACACUAUAUUAGAAAUUAACAUAUGGAAGUAUUGCAGUUGUCUCCGGUGUCUCGUGAGAUCAUUAUGCAUAGUUGAUGUUUGGAAAUUGACCAUGUGUACAUCAGAAAUAAUAUUGGCCGGCUCAUUAUACAGGGCAACUAAACUGAACAAUACUUGACAGUAUGGAUCUUUGUAGGAGAGCUCUGUGUGCUGAAACUGCCACACACUAUUGGUUGAAUAUUGCAUUGCCGAAAGUGUAUAAACCUUAUUCUGGACAGAAUAGCAGUUGCAAACAGGAGGAAAUAAGCUGCUCUGGCCCUCUCUGAACUUAGAGCAUGACAAAACACUCUUUUUGACUUGUUUGAAACAUUUAUACUAGUCCUGUAGAUAUGAUUGUUCUGUUGCGAUAUAGCGAACACCAUUUGAGAGAGAAAAAACUAUUAUUCUCUUGGUACUGCAGAUUUAUUUGACUCUUAGGCCUUUGUUAACAAAUGUUUGCAGAAAUGUAAUUGCAAAUGUUUUCCUGAUACUAUCACUAAGAGAGUAUGAUUAAUCUUAAAUUUCUGAUGUGCAGUUGUCAAUUUAAUGAAAAGCAAAGUGGAACAUUUUAUGUACUCAUAUAUAUUUGUGUGUAUAAAUGUGUAUGUAUGUAUUAAAUAUAUAUAAUAUAUAUGCAGUCAAAUUCAAUGCUGAGCUCCAACAAAUGUGAAGUUUUGCUCUCAAUUUGUCAAAGUAUUUAAAAUAAAUCGGUU